AUGGGAAUCGAUCUUUCUCUCAGGCUCGAGAAAGAGAAAGAUGAAGAAAGUUCAAAACACAGCUGUGAGAACAAAGAUGAAGAAGAAGAUAUUGAUGAUGCUAGUGAUGAUGGAGAUGAACAAAUGGUGAAAGAAGUCGAUGUCGACAAUUCUUGUUUAGGUUCAAGAACCCGAAAAGAAGAAAACGAACGUGAAGAGCUCUUGCAGAUGCAGAUCGAGAUGGAACAUGUGAGAGAAGAGAAUACGAGGUUAAGGAAGCUUGUAGAGAAAACUCUUCAAGAUUAUCGUCAUCUCGAGAUGAAACUCCCAGUUAUUAAUCAAACCAAUAAGAUGGGUCAUGAAACGUUCCUUGGAGAACAAGGCAGAUGGUGUAUGGAUGUAACAAGUAAGGCUCGGAAAAGAGGAAUUGAGAGAUCUGACCCAUACGUGGAAAGAGAACUAGGGCUUUCUCUUUCUCUACAGAAAAAGCAGAAACAAGAAGAGAGCAAGGAAGCUGAUCAGUCUCAUAAUAAGCAAAGAUACGAUAAUAGUAGCAUCAUUCAGGGACAAGAUACCAACACUCCACGUGUCAUAUCGUCUUCUCCGGGGAAUAGAAAGGCAAGGGUAUCUGUGAGAGCGAGAUGUGAGACUGCAACGAUGAAUGAUGGAUGUCAAUGGAGAAAGUACGGCCAGAAAACAGCUAAAGGGAAUCCAUGUCCACGAGCUUAUUACCGAUGCACCGUUGCUCCAGCAUGUCCUGUUAGGAAACAGGUGCAAAGGUGUUUAGAAGACAUGUCGAUACUAAUAACAACCUACGAAGGAACACAUAACCAUCCACUUCCGGUCGGAGCAACAGCCAUGGCUUCCACUGCCUCCACUUCUCCAUUCUUGUUACUCGAUUCAAGUGACAACCUCUCUCAUACUAAUUCCUAUUUUCAACAAAAUGGCAGCAACAAUCGAGCCUUAAGAAGCUUUAACUUUGAUGAUCCAUCGUCUAGAGGAGGAGGAGAUCAUGUUUCAUCUUCCCAAACCCGAUUGAAUUGGAUGAUGUAG